AUGCCGCCAAACGUGGAUCCAAUACCGAGCGGAGUUGUGUUCGAAACGGACACCCAGACUGCUGACCUCGGCCUUGAUAAAGAUGUCUCCCUAUUAAAGAAGGCCACUCCUAAGAAGCAUGAAUACGUCUGGUUCAAUAUAUUUUGGUUCCUCUUCCUACAUAUUAGCUCAGUAUAUGGAUUGUAUUUAGCUUUCACUUCUGCUAAAUGGCAAACAAAUGUUUUCGCGUUUGCUAUACAUCAAAUGUGUGCAAUUGGCAUCGGUGCCGGAUCUCAUCGUCUAUGGACGCACAGAUGCUUCAAAGCAAAAACUCCUUUGAGGACCGUCUUAAUGAUAUGGCAAACAAUGGGAUUCCAGGACAGCAUUUUCGAAUGGGCACGCGACCACCGCACGCAUCAUAAAUACGCGGACACAGACGGCGAUCCUCACAACGCCGAGCGUGGUCUGUUCUUCUCGCAUAUGGGCUGGCUCUGCUGCAAGAAGAGUCCAGAAGUCAUCGAGGGCGGCAAGCGUAUUGACCUUAGCGAUCUCUAUGAAGACCCGGUAGUCAUGUUCCAGAAAAAACAUUAUUUGAAGAUGAUGCCAAUCCUGUGCUUCGUGUUGCCGACUGUACUCCCCGUGUACCUGUGGGGCGAGACGUGGAUCAACGCUUUCUUCAUACCAACAAUUCUCCGCUACACUUUCGGCAUCAAUGUAGUCUGGAGCGUUAAUAGCUUCGCCCAUAAAUUCGGAUACAGACCCUAUGACAAGUCAUUGAACCCUCGGGAGAACAUUGCAGUGUGGAUGUUCUGCGUGGAAGGUUUCCACAACUACCACCACACGUUCCCCUGGGACUACCGCGCGAGCGAGCACCCCCUCAUCAACAUGUUGACACCAACUAUUGUGUUUAUUGAGGCGAUGGCUAAGAUCGGACAAGCAUACGACUUGAAGGCUGUCUCUCCUGAAAUUAUCAAACAACGUACAUUACGUACUGGUGACGGCACUCAUCAAUUGUGGGGAUGGGACGACCCCGAAUUUACUGAACGACUCAAAGCCAAGUAUGGAGCUAUACAUUGUACGGAAGAAAAAAAAGAUAUGUAAAUCAAGAAAUAUAAAGAGAAAUUUAUAAACUAAGACUAUGUAUUACUAUGUUUAACUAUGGGCAUUAAACAAAUGAAU